AGAAGUCCGUCGCUCCUUUGAGUUAAGUAUACCCAAUCGAAUCAUGACUGAGUACAGUUCUCAGAGCCAAACUGAAAGUGAUAGCGAUGAGGGACCGGAACCGGAUGUGGAGCAGGCCAGAACCGGUGGUUCCUCGGAUGAUCUGACCAGCAACGAGUGGCUGAGCUUGCACGGAUUUCCAUCCGGCACCGAUGAUGAAUUGCUGGCCAUUUUCUCACGCUUCUGUUCGAUGAACGCGCAUCGCAAAAGGAAGAAUGGUCUAGAGCUGAGAUUCGCAACCGCGGAGCAUCUGCAGCUGGGCGUUCUAAUGGCCAAGCGUCUGGUGGUGUGCAACGUGCAGAUCCACUGGCAUGUGGGUCGUAUGGAGGAUGAUCCAUCCCUUAAUCCCAAGCCAUCAAGGGAGCGAAGUACGGCCGGUGGACUUGGCGUUUUUGGCAAGUUGCGAAGGGCAUUCGCCAAUUAUUUUCACUAGCAUUACCAUUAAUAUUGUUCAAAGGAAUUGUUGCUGUAUAAGAAAAGCUUCUUAGUUAUCUCAAUGGCUAUACAAAUUUUGAAUUAUUCCUUUUGAUUCCAAACUAAGGAAUUUGUAAUAUUUGCUUUGGAGUAACAAAAGUUCAUUUAUAAUACAAAACAUUCAUCAUU